GACCCAACUGUCACGACACUGGCGCGUGGAUUUUACAAACGUUGAGUCCCGAUGUAAACAACCGCAUCUGUAUUAUAGACGUGCGAACACACAGUUGAACUUGUUAGUCUUUACUUGUUUUUUAAAACAGUUUGCAUUCGAAUUUAGUGCAUCUCUUUAUUUUAUUAUAAUGUUAACUGAAAACAAUCUCCAAAAAUUUGAUGCAGCACACCAAAGCUCUAACUAUAACAUGAACAAACUUUGCCGGCAAGUGUCUAUUGAAUCGCCUGCUGGAUCUAGCAGCGAAUGUGUUUUCAACUUCGAAGUCCCAGUUCCAGAAGUACCACCAAAUGGUGCACGCAUUCGGGUUGUGUGUGCUGGAGCUUGUUAUAGAAUGAGAAAUAGGUCUCCAUCAACCUCAAGCAUAUCUUCAGUUCAGUCAACUGAAGAAUCAUAUUAUUCGGGAAAUCAUGGUAUUCGCGAUGGUGCUUUGUUCCCUGGCUAUGAGGUAUCUGGAAUAAUCGAUGCACUUGGGAGUGAAGUCAAACCUACAGAUGACAUUGCUGAGAAUAAAAGAGUUAUUUUGUACCCAUAUGAUGGGAUUCCACACGGUUAUGCUGAAUACAUUGUUGUUCAUGAUGUAUCUUUCUUAGUACCAAUACCCGAUAAUUUACCAUUGGGUGUCGCCGCUAUGCUUCCAACUGGAGCGUUGUUAGCCAAAAGUGCUGUUUUCACAGCUCAUAAAUACGUAAUGGAUUUGUUAAAAAAACGACCUGAUGAUCAGAUUUGUAGAAUUUUAAUUGUUGGGACUGGAGGUCUAGCCCUUUGGGCAAUACGCAUUUCAGAACACCAUUUCAAGUUUCCAGAACAGUAUAAAGAUAGAGUACAAAUAACUGUUGCAAGUCUGAAGGAUGAUGGAUUCAAACUAGCCAAUGAAUUGGAAAACAUAACUCUUGUCCAGUGGAAUGAAGAAGUACAUGAAAAACAACUUAUUGACAGAACUAAGGAUGCUUGUAAGGGGCUAGUUGACAUCGUUAUUGAUUUUGGCACUACAUCUCGAUCAUUGCAUAGGUCUUUGCAAUGUCUCAAUACUGGUGGAGUCGUGCUUGUUAGUGAGGAAGUAGCAGAACGUUUGUUACCCAAAUUUUCUACGCUAAUUAACAAAACCAAUCAAAAAAUCGAAGCCGUAUCAAGUGGUUCUAUUGAACAACUUAAGGAAGUUGUAGCGCUUGUUGCUUCUGGCGAGAUUAUACCACCUCCGCAUACUGAAUUUUCUCCUGAGGAGGCUUCUACAGUCGUGCAAAAGCUUUGCCGAUCAGAAAUUCCCGGAAGGGCUAUACUUCGUUUUCAGAACAUUCACUAAAUUGCACAGAUAAAUAUUUUUUACUUUUUCUGUAUUUUAAUGAUAUUUAAUAUUCACCAAAAAUAUUUUAAUGUCAUUAUGUAUUUAGAGACCUGCAUAUGUAUUAAAUUGGUAUACGCAUACACCCAGAGUAUUCCAAUGUAUACCGAUAAAAUGAGUUUAAUUUUUUUUUCAUCCAUUUAGAAUUUACCUUAAGCUGUAAAUGUUGAUCAUCACAGCUAACUCACUUUAUCGGUGCCCAUGUUUUUGUGAUCUAAAGUAUUUAUGGCUAAAUUGGUAUUAAAGAAUUCUAGUAUACAAUGUUUUUUAAAGUAUUACUACUACGAAAUACAUCUGCAUUUAUAAUUAGGAUCACUUCAAAAGUUCGUAUGUAUACAUUUAAUUGGUUUAUCUUUAUUUCACUGUAUUAUUAUGUAAAUAUUUUCUUAAUAUAUUGUAUAAAUAACGUU